AGGACUGUAGAUUUUGGUUAUUUUUCUUUGCAAUGUAUCAUAAGAAAUUAAUACAGUUUUUAUUUUGCAAAUAUUUUCUAUCAAGCUGCUUUUUGCUAUCAUCAAUUUGUAAAUCCCUUAUUUGCCUUUGUGAUUAAUGACCAUUAAUUGUAAGAUCUAAAAUCUCCCAUCACAAUAUAGCUUGCUACAGUCUCUUCAAAUUCACCAAGUGAUCAGUGUAAUUAAUUACUGAGUUUCCUUUUAACCAGAGCUCCUGCAAUUAUUGCUCACUGGAAAAUAAUGAGAAAGUCAAAUGUGUAAUCACAUGGGUCUGUAUCAAUGCUUCAGUAUUAGCACAGAAAGAUGAAAAAGUAAAUACAAUUAAAAAGUUGAGCAAGGAGUAUUCAUGUUUGAAUUCCCUUCCCCUGAGCUGGCAGAAUGUUGGUGUUCAGCUCAUGGCUUUGGCUGCUGUGUUAGAAACCCAGCACUGCCCACAGCCUUGCUGAAAAAGGAGCCUCCAGAGGAAAUUGUACUUCAGAGAUAAACAGGCUUUUAGUUCAAAUUUAAUGUCUUUUCCUCAUGGGAUUUACCAGCCAGAAUUUGAAGGAGGAGCUGUUUGUGGGCAUUAUUAAAUCACCUCUAAUAAGUGAUUAGAACUCGAGAGUUCUAAUCUCAAAAAAAAAAGAGUACUGCCACUCACUUGAACUCCUUUGGAUGGGCUUUAGGUUCUGUGGGACAAAGUCUUCACUGAGCUCCUAGAUAAAUAAAAGGAAAUCACGAUAUUUCCUGGUGACCUCAUCCUUCACCCCUGAGUAGCCACAUGUCAUCACAGGAUUCAUUCAGUCUCACAGCCCUUUAACUGAGGAGGAUGGACACCUCUGUUCUGCUUCACGAGGGAUUGAAAUUGUCCAGACCAGACAGAGAGCACUUAAUCCUAUUUUUGUGUGUUGGGGAGGUGCUGGUGGGUCUCAUUUGAAGUCCAUGCUGGCUGACAUGCAGCUGAUGGGCACAGCUGGGACUGUGCAGAAUGGCUGGAAAAUAGCUUCUAUUUAUUCUUUUCAAUUUGUACACUUCCAGACAGUUUCACAUUUUUAUCACUUAAAUCCUAUUCAAGGUUCACAACACUUUCCAACUCAAAAUUUGGGUUCUAUAGUAAAGGUGUAUAACUUUAUAGUAGGAAUCUUUGUAAAAUUUCACUUCAGAGCACUGAACUGACUAUUUAAAAUAAUGAUGAGCACAACAGAACAAUUUAAAUACUAAGCAAUUUCCUGCAUUGUAGAUCAGAGUAAGUGGACAACAACAGUUGCAGUGGUUUUCUAGCAUUUUCUAAAUAAAUUACAAUUGUGUUAAAAGGCUAUGCUUCAGUUAUGAUUAGUGCAUUUCUUUUUAAUUUUCUGUUACUUUUCAAUCAAUGAUUUAGGCUGUUUUUUUCUGAACAAAAGAACUAAUACACCUAGAGCACUUGUGUGUCUUGUUACUGCAAUGCAUUAAGUAAGGUGAGCAUUUGUGAAAUUAUAAUAUUGUGGCUUUUUUAACCAUUAACUACACUGUGUUUAUGCAUAGAUCGUACAGCAAUAGAGAUAUGAAAAAGGAAAUUACAUUGGAAAUUACUUGAAACGAGGCCUUUGAUGGAGGAAUACAUAACUUCCUGUCUUAACAGUUCCAGAAAACUUUGCGUCAAGAAUGAUGAGGGCUUGAGGUGAAAGGAAAGAUAAAAAUUGUGUGUGACCUCUAAACAUCCAGGAUAUUAAAGGAGAAAAUAAGAAAGCUGAACACAAUAUUUAUGGUUUAUAAUUUGUAGGGUUUUAUUUUUUACCACUUAAAUUUUUUUAAGGUGCUGACAUUUAUUUUCAGAUACUUGACUUCAGAAAAGCUGGUUAGUUAAUUUCUCAGAUAUCAACAAUAACCUAUUUAUAGCAAUUAAAAAUAUUUUAAACAUUUAAAAAUAGAGCAGUUCAUUGUUUUUCUAUUUACUUAAUUCAUAAUUUUUCGUGCCAGCUCUCUUUGGCCUUGUCUUUAAUUUUGUUAACAACACCUAAAACAGAUGUACACACUUGAGUAACCAUUACAGCCAUUUGUUACUAUAACCAGCUCUUUAUUAAGAGUUUUGCAGGUGCUGUAGCCUUCAGGUUAAAACUUUGCAGAAGUGUCCAGGUGCAUUUUUGUUUGAAAAGCAUGUGAAAAUCAGGGCACCUUGCAUGCUGAUUUGCGCCUGUGCAGCACUGGCUGCUGAUCCCUUCCCCAGGGUUGCCAGAGCAACCUGACCUUUGGAAUUUCCUCAAUUUUGAGUGCUUCACUUUGCAAGAGGUCACUACAGCUGUCUCCAAACAUGCUUCCCAUUCUCACUUUCUCAAAAUGAUGGGGCUCUGAGCGCAGGAUGGACAGGGGAGCCUCUCAAUGUUGCUGGCAGGACCGAUGGAUUCCCUCUGCAAACAGGGCAGAGCUGCAGAACUUACAGAGCUGAAAGCACUGAAAGCAUCUUUCCUAUAAACACUUAAUUAUUAUCUAAAAAAAAAAUAGGUGUUUAAAAUUGUUUGCUGUAGGGCUAAGUGGUCCUUUGAAGGUCCAAGUCAAGCUGAUUUCCUGAUCUAUUUGGUCUUUAACUUCCCUUGCAGGGGUUUCUGCCUUUCCACCAAAACCACAAAAUUCAAAGUUUUCUUGAAAAUGGAAGUUAAAGCUAAUACAAAAUUGAAAAAUACUUACAGUUUAAAUAUGCUGCUUUAAUUUUUUUAUUCCUGACAAGAGAUAGGUUUUUUUAGUACAAAACAGCAGAAAUGCUGUAGUGUCCUAGACACUUACACCAGCUUACCAAACUGCAGCAAUGCAUUUGCAGUUAUACCAAAUGAACUCCACACAUCAAUGCUGUUUUUACUGAGUUUUGAGGAAGGACUGGAAAGAAACAGAAACGUAAAUAGCUGCAGAUACAACAUGUGGCAAAGAAAGGCAGCUAAAGCAUGAUGGCCAAAACCCCACGGGACUGAAAAGCUGAGACACAAAGGUCCUUUUGUAGUUUGCAUGAUGUGAUCUGUUCUUCAGUACAUGAGUGAGUCAGUUCUCUAACAGGCGAGCGGACAGAUUUCUAAGAUUUAAAUUUAAAGAAGUUUAGUAUCAUUAAAUUCAGAAUUGUUUCAUGUCCACUUCUUACUUUAAGCUAAUGAAAUUGAUUCGAGAGUCUUUUUAAAAGUGAAAACUUUGUAAUCUUAAUGAAACAAGUUUCCUUCAAACUGAAUGAUCUUGCUGCUGCUUACUACAAACAAUUACAGAUUUUGGGCUAAAAACACUGUUUUACUUGGGCUAGUGAAAUCAUUAGUCUUAAAUACACUCUUUUUUAUGCGUAAUUUUUAAAAAGAGAGAAAAUUCUUGCAAGUAUUUUUUAUUCUUUGGUAAAUGUGUUGAUCCUGUUUUUCUUGUGCAAUGGAGACUUGGCCUCAAACCUCCAUCACAGCUGCAUAAUCCAUCCUCCUUUUUUUUCACCAGGCUGCUUGGCUUGUGUUUCUGGAGAGGAGAGACUUUCUUUGUUGUAGCUGCGUGUGCAGUCCCUGAAAGUGUUGCACAUCACAGCUCAGCGUCUAGAAGCAUGUAGGAAAGAAGUCUGAGUAAUUACACCUACAAUUUGCAUAAGAAAUUAUAGACACUUCUUGGAAAUUGCCUCAAAGAUUCCAUGUGUGAUUGUAGGCAGAGCUCAGCUGAAAAUCAUCUGAGCCGCGUGAAGGUCUCAUCUGAAUGUGGUCAUUAGUGCUUUUAGGCUUGGAAAUUUUUUCCUAGGGCUUCCUGUUAAUCCAGCUUAAUAGUUACUUUUCCCUGUAGUUAAAGAUCUAAAAGCAGAGAUUUGAGGAGAAGUUAAUGUGAGCUGUGAUUCAAAACACACGGUUUGUGAUGUAUUCUGCAUCACGGUUCGGGAAGAAAGGAUUGUGUGAGCUCCCUCUUCACUCGCUCUGCAGGAGGCUGAGGAACCAGCAGGCUGAAAUAUGUCCUGUCCAGCCCUUACUGCUAGUUUACAUAAAUUCACAUUUUCAAGGCUGUCUUCGUGAGAGAAAGAAAACUGUGCUUCAAAGAAAAUUGCACUGUGUAAUCUUGAAGGAAGAGAGGAAGAACUUGGACAACCUAGAUGCUCACUGAGUAAAAAUUCAGGCACAAAGUCAGCCACAGAGUAUGCCAAUGGUGGGUAUGAUAUUGUGUCACCUGCUCCAUCAGUGUACCUGGGCACAUUUCAAAUUUUGCACCUCCUGGAAGAUCUGAAGAUGGCCCUGGAGAUGCUGGAGGACCCUCAGGAGAAAGAAGCUCUGAGGAACCAAAUCCCAGGGGCCACAGCACUGUGUCUGAGGGAGUGGUUUGAGGAGAACCUGUCACAGGUGAACCAUCAUUCAUCCAAUAAUGAAACUUAUCAAGAAAGGUUGGCACGAUUAGAAGGUGAUAAAGAGUCACUCAUCCUGCAGGUGAGUGUUCUCACAGACCAGGUGGAAGCUCAAGGAGAGAAAAUCCGGGACUUAGAAAUCUGUCUUGAGGGGCAUCAGUUGAAGCUGAAUGCUACGGAAGAAAUGCUUCAGCAGGAACUGCUAAGUCGCACAUCACUCGAGACUCAGAAAUUAGAUCUGAUGGCUGAAGUUUCAGACCUGAAGAUUAAGCUGGUUGGUAUGGAAAAGGAGCAGAGUGAAUAUGAAGAGAAACAGAACAAAGCUGAGUCAGUAGUGAACCUGAUCAGUGACCUACAGGAGCAGAUGUGUAGACUGCAGCUGGAAAUUAAUAGUAGGAUCCAAGAAAGAAAGUCUCAAGAUAGGAAAGCAGACUUGACCCCUAAUGGUCCUCAAUCUGGUGCAAGAUCAAUAGAGCCCCUGGGCCAGAAGAAUUGCUCUCGGUGUGAAGGUUUGUUACAGGAACUCAGACACCUCAAAAUUAAGGUGGAAGAACUGGAAAACGAAAGAAAUCAGUAUGAGUGGAAAUUGAAAGCAACUAAAGCUGAGAUAGCCCAGCUCCAGGAGCAGCUGGCUCUCAAAGAUGCAGAGAUAGAACGCUUGCAAAGUCAGCUCUCCAGGACCUCCUCGUACUCUGAAGUGGCAGAAAGAGAGGAAGUUUAUAGGAGAAGGCUAAAAGAAAAACACCAAGAAGUUCAAAGGUUGAAGAUAGGAAUGGAGACAUUAUUGGCCGCAAAUGAAGAAAAGGACCGUCGGAUAGAGGAGCUGACACUACUGCUAAGCCAGUACAGGAGGGUCAAGGACAUAAUGAUUGCAGCUCAUGGCUCUCCUGUCUCUGGUGGCAGUGAAGAGGAACUUGAGGCGACUUUAAGGAAGUGGAAUCUUCUGAAUAACUCUCAAGGAGAAUUACUGAAAACAGAGGCCUCUGCAGGAGAAUUGUCACCAGCUGUGCUCCCUCCAGUGCCACACAAAGCCAUGGAAAUCAGUGGAAGCAUUCCAGUACCUUCAAGUAAUUUAACCUCUCAGCAGGAAGAAUCUUUGGAAAUCACAAAUAGGGGUCCACAGAAAAAAAAGUCAAGCAGUUUAGAAGACUUGCAGAGCGAAUCCUUGGAAAAGUAUGUAGAUGGAAAACCAGCACAGCCUGUUGUAGAACAAGAGAGUAAGCCCGUGGGGAAAGGCAGCAAGUACCAAACGCUGCCAGGGAAGCUGCCCCGAGCCCUGCAGAACGGAGAGCAGGGAAUGUACAGCUCCCCAGAGGGAUGUGGCACGAAUGACAACGAUGACAACGGCGUCCCUGGCCUGAAUCGCGGCAGGAGUGUCAGUGCACCCGUGCUAGGAGAAACAGAGAACAUGGAUGGUACAGUGGUCUCGGAUGACCUUUCACCUCUCUCUUCGGGAACGGAUUCAGGUCAACAAUCUCCAUGGGCUCCAGAAAACAGGAAGAGUCCAAAAGGGAUCAAGAAAAUCUGGGGAAAAAUACGAAGAACUCAGUCAGGUAACUUCCCUGCAGACGACCUGGGCCUGGCAGAGUUUCGGAGGGGAGGUCUCCGGGCAACAGCUGGACCUCGCUUAUCCCGAUCCAAGGACACCAAAGGCCAGAAGAGCGACCACAAUGCCCCGUUUGCUCAGUGGAGCACUGAAAGAGUUUGUAACUGGCUGGAGGACUUUGGCCUGGGCCAGUACGUGAUUUUUGCCCGGCAGUGGGUGACAUCAGGCCACACGCUGUUAACUGCCACACCUCAGGACAUGGAAAAGGAAAUGGGAAUAAAGCAUCCACUGCACAGGAAGAAAUUGGUUUUGGCCAUUAAAGCUAUAAAUGCAAAGCAAGAUGAGAAGUCUGCACAACUUGAUCAUAUCUGGGUGACACGGUGGCUCGAUGACAUUGGCUUGCCUCAGUACAAAGACCAGUUUCAUGAAUCCAGAGUAGAUGGGAGGAUGCUGCAGUACUUAACUGUGAAUGACCUUCUCUUCCUGAAAGUCACCAGCCAGCUGCAUCACCUGAGUAUUAAAUGUGCCAUUCAUGUGCUGCACGUCAACGGCUUCAAUCCCCACUGUCUGCGCAGGAGGCCAGUUGAGGAGAACAACGUCUCUCCUUCCGACGUGGUGCAGUGGUCCAACCACAGGGUGAUGGAAUGGCUCAGAUCAGUGGAUCUGGCAGAAUAUGCACCCAACCUUCGAGGCAGCGGCGUGCACGGGGGCCUGAUCAUUCUGGAGCCUCGCUUCAACGGUGACACGCUGGCCAUGCUCCUGAACAUCCCACCCCAAAAGACCCUCCUGCGCCGCCACCUCACCACCAAUUUUAACGUGUUAAUUGGGCCAGAGGCACAACAAGAAAAAAGAGAAACCAUGGAGUCAGCAGCAUACACGCCUCUGACCACCACUGCCAAAGUUCGGCCAAAGAAACUUGGAUUUUCACAUUUUGGAAACUUGAGGAAAAAGAAGUUUGACGAAUCAACAGACUACAUUUGUCCUAUGGAUACAAGCCCAGCUGCUACGAAUGGUACUUCGAAAAACUAUGGUGGCUACAAAGGACUUAGUCCUUUCACUGACAGGGAACUGGAUCAGAUGGAACACUCAGAAGGCACAGUAAUGCAAAUAGGGGCUCUUUCCCAAGGCAUAACCCACCUCACGACCCUGCUGAGCCAAGAUGAAAUGCUGAAUGACAGCAGGUUCUUAACACCAACCUUUGAAGACUGGAGAUGAUGCUUCAGCGGGACCAAGAUCUCUGCUCGUACCUCGUGCCUGCAGGAGUGGCCAGGAGCAGCU